CUACGGUGGUGCUAAGAUGGUUGGGAUCCUGCUACUGCUCUGUCUUCCCUUCAUCCUGUACUUGGCCACGCCAAAAAUCAGGAAAAUGCUGUCCAGUGGGGUGUGUACCUCUAAUGUCCAGCUUCCUGGGAAGGUAGCCAUAGUAACCGGUGCUAACACAGGCAUUGGGAAGGAGACAGCUAAAGACCUGGCCCGAAGAGGAGCCCGCGUGUAUUUAGCUUGCCGAGAUGUGCAAAAGGGGGAACAGGUGGCUAGCGAGAUCCAAGCCACCACAGGGAACAGUCAGGUCCUGGUACGGAAACUGGACCUUGCUGAUACUAAGUCUAUCCGUGCCUUUGCCAAGGACUUCUUAGCUGAGGAAGCGUGCCUCCACAUUCUAGUCAACAAUGCAGGAGUGAUGAUGCUACCAUACUCCAAGACCGCAGAUGGCUUUGAGAUGCACUUCGGAGUCAACCACUUGGGUCACUUCCUCUUGACCCAUUUGCUGCUGGAGAAGCUGAAGGAAUCGGCCCCAUCGAGGGUGGUUAAUGUGUCCUCUUUAGCACACUGUGCGGGAAAGAUCCACUUCCAUAACCUGCAGGGUGAGAAGUUCUACAAUGGAGGUCUAGCUUACUGCCACAGCAAACUCGCCAACAUUCUCUUCACUCAGGAGCUGGCCAGGAGGCUGAAAGGCUCUGGAGUGACGACGUAUUCCGUCCACCCUGGAACAGUCCAUUCUGAAUUGACUCGGAACUCCUUUUUCCUGAGAUUGUUAUGGCAGCUUUUCUACUACUUCAUCAAGACCCCUCAACAGGGAGCCCAGACAAGCCUGUACUGUGCCGUAACAGAAGGUCUCGAGAGCCUAAGUGGCAGUCACUUCAGCGACUGCCACUUGGGAUGGGUCUCAAGCCAAGCUCGUAAUGAGACAAUAGCCAGGCGGCUGUGGGAUGUCAGCUGUGACCUGCUGGGCCUCCCGAUGGAUUGGUAAGUGGUGGUUUGGACUCAAAAGAAGAUUGGAGAGAGAGAGAGAAAAAAGAAGAUUGGAGAAAAAGAUGAUUGUUCUUCAACGUGGCCAAAACCUUGAACACAAAGCACAGAACUUCCAGCCUUGCCUGCUUGGCCUCCCUCCAGUUAAACCCCAGCACACUGCCCGGUUCCUCUGAACAUCUUGAGUUUGUAUUGACUGACUUUGUUCCAGCCCCUGCCAGCAUUCCU